AUGUCCACUCAAAUUAUUACCUCAACCACCGAAAAUGGAGCAUCGGUCACUACUGACCAGCUUCCACAAGACCUCAUCAACGCGAUGCAAACCCUGUUCGGCAAGCACCAAGGUUACCGCACUACCCAUGCCAAGGGUCUUCUUGUCGAAGGAGUUUUCAAGCCCAUGGAGGAGGCAAAGACUCUUUCGACAGCAGCCCAUUUCAACAAUCCCUCAACUCCAGUCAUCGCUCGCUUCUCGGUCGGCGGAGGCCUGCCGAAGAUUGCCGACUUCGAUCCAAGAGCCACUCCCAAAGGUAUUGCGGUUCGAUUCCAGGUCGACGAGAACACGCACACCGACCUGAUCUCCCAUUCAUUCAAUGGCUUCGCUGUCAGGACCGGAGAAGACUUUUUGGCUUUUCUUAAGGUCUUCACGGCCUUUGGUGUCACCAAGGACGCCCUUGAAAAAGCGCAGAAGAAGGGCGGAGAUACCUCCAAGGAACAGGCAGCAUUCAGCCAAGCCCAGCAGAUGUUCGGCGCAUUUCUCGCCAUCCAUCCAUCCGCUGCCCAAUUCGUCAAAGGAGCGAAGCCAAACCCCUACAACUAUGGUACCUUGAAGUACUACGAAGUUAAUACUCACGUCCUCACCAACGCCGAUGGCAAAGUCAGCAACGUCCGUUAUAAAUUGGAGCCCGCAGACGGAGAGCAUCUGUACACCGACGACGAAUUGGAGAACCUGGCGCCCAGCUACCUAGAGGAGGAUCUUCAGCAGAGAUUUCCGGAGAAGCCCAUCACCUUCAACAUCAUGGCCCAUAUUGCGGACCCUAGCGAUGUCUUGGAUGACGCCACGGUGCCAUACAAGAGCACAACAUUUGUCUCGGUUGGGACGCUGGAGAUCAACAAGGUCUGUGAUGACAACGUUGAGAGGCAGCAGCAGAUUGCGUUCAGCCCCACUCCAGAGAAGGGCGGCAUCCAAGGCAUCAUGUCUUCCCAGGAUCCUCUCAUUCAAGUCCGCAGGGGAGUGUACUGGAUCAGCGCUGACCAGCGCAGACAUGAGAAGCAAACCGAGACUACGGAGUUUGAAGAGGAAAACUAG